GAAAGCUGUGAGAAGUAAAAUUAGUAACAGACAAGAUGGCCGAAAUGUUGUCGUAGGAAAGUCUCGCGACGUAAUAGUUUCGCAAAUAUAAACUGAAUAAACUCUGAAAAAAUCUACCUAUAUUGCAUGUUUCAAGUUGACUAUAUCACAGAGAAAUGGAUGCAGUGGGACAAAUUAAUUCAGCAGAGACCGGUAUUGAGAAACAAGGAAGCUGCCUCCUGCUCCGCUAUGCAAGUCAGAAUUCACUAGAUGAGAGUUCACAGAAACAUGUUCCACGACCUAGCAGUAAAGAGAAACCUCCAUAUCGAAAUCACCACCAUACCCACAGGGCAUUUGAUGUAAUGAAUGUCAUGAGGAAGCAGAAUCUCUUAUGUGACGUAACACUAGUUGCUGACAGCAUAGAAGUGCCAGCCCAUAAGAUGGUGUUAGCAGCUUGCAGUCCAUAUUUUUAUGCCAUGUUCACUAGUUUUGAAGAAAGUAAGCAAGAACGUAUCACACUGCAAGGGGUAGAUUCUCAGGCAUUGCAACUCCUAAUAGAAUAUGUCUACUCAUCAGAAGUUCAUGUAACAGAAGAAAAUGUCCAGGUACUGCUUCCAGCAGCAAAUUUAUUACAGCUGACAGACGUGAGGGAUGCAUGUUGUGAUUUCUUACAAGCUCAAUUGCAUCCAACAAACUGUCUUGGAAUCAGAGCCUUUGCUGAUCUUCAUGGUUGUCUGGAACUGUUAAGUCAUGCAGAAACAUACAUUGAACAGCAUUUUCCGGAAGUUGUGGAGUGUGAAGAAUUCCUGACAUUGUCCCACCAACAAGUCUCCAAACUAAUUUGCAGUGACAGGCUUACAGUUCCAUCAGAAGAAAAGGUGUUUGAAUGUGUGAUUGCAUGGGUACACCAUGACUUGGAAAACAGACAGAUGCACUUAGCAGAGUUGAUGGAGCAUGUACGGUUGCCAUUGCUGUCACAGGAGUACCUUGUGCAGAGGGUGGAGGAAGAGCCACUGCUCAAAGCUAAUUUGCAAUGUAAAGAUUACCUUAUUGAAGCUCUGAAAUAUCAUUUACUGAAAGGCGAACAGAAGAUUUUAUUCAAAACACCAAGAACGAAACCUAGACAGCCUGUUGGAUUACCAAAGGUUCUUCUUGUGGUGGGUGGACAGGCCCCUAAAGCAAUUCGUAGUGUUGAAUGUUAUGAUUUCAAAGAAGAAAGAUGGUAUCAAGUAGCAGAGAUGCCCACAAGGCGCUGUAGGGCAGGCUUAUCAAUGAUCGGUGGUUGUGUUUAUGCUGUUGGUGGUUUCAAUGGCUCCUUGAGGGUCAGAACUGUUGAUGUGUAUGAUGCUGCUUUGGAUCAAUGGUCUUCUUGUGCCAGUAUGGAAGCACGGAGAUCAACACUUGGUGUUGCUGUUCUUGGAAACUGCAUUUAUGCAGUGGGUGGAUUUGAUGGAUCAACAGGCCUGAAUUCGGCAGAAAUGUAUGAUCCACGAACUCAUGAAUGGAGGAUGAUAGCUCCCAUGUCUACUAGGAGGAGUAGUGUUGGAGUUGGUGUUGUUAAUGGGUUGCUUUAUGCUGUUGGUGGCUAUGAUGGUGCAUCGAGGCAGUGUUUAAGUUCUGUGGAGUGUUACAAUCCUGAGACAGAUUCAUGGUCUCCUGUUAUAGAAAUGUCUGCACGGCGUAGUGGUGCAGGUGUUGGUGUGUUGGAAGGAAUUUUGUAUGCAGUAGGGGGCCAUGAUGGGCCCUUGGUGCGAAAGAGUGUAGAAUCUUACAAUCCAGAUACUAAAACUUGGACUCCAGUUGCGGAUAUGGCACUGUGCAGGAGGAAUGCAGGUGUUGUUGCCCUCAAUGGAUUGCUGUACGUGGUUGGUGGGGAUGAUGGUACAUCCAACCUAGCAUCUGUUGAAGUUUAUAAUCCUAAAACAGAUUCCUGGUCAAUGCUGCCAUCUUCAAUGGGUAUUGGUCGCAGUUAUGCAGGGGUUGCUAUCAUUGACAAGCCUAUGUGAAGAUCAGCCCAGCCUGGGACAGAGGCAUCCAGAGGAGUGUCCAGUGGAGUGUCUUUACGUUGGCUCCUGCUAAACAAGUUGUUUCCACUUUGGUCUGCAAAUGUUGAGGGAGUGAGAGAGAGACAGAUACUGGAUAUGCUCUUGCGCCGUGGCUAUCUCUUGCCAUCGCACUGGGAGUUGUAAAUAGUUCAGUAGUUACUCAUCAAUUGCUGUCCCAUCUCCCUUUGGGCAUUAAUAUGAAACAAAGACUUUUGGAUUGGGAAUAUGAGUAGUUAGUUUAGAGCGUGUUGACAGUUCCUACAUGAACUAGCAUAACAGUAUAAUUUUAGUUGCUUGAAAGGGUGGGGGGAGGGAACAAAGAAUUUACUUGUAUGUUAUGACCAUAUAGAAGCUAAACAUGAUAGCCAAACUUUCAUAGUUCCAGAGAUCUGUAAAAAAUAGAAGAAUAUGUAUGUGAUGUAAGAGUAUGUAUGGAUUACUUUGCACAGAACCACUCAACUCUACAACUCUCUACAUCAAAUAUUGCCAGUAGAUGAGCUUUAUAAGUAAAGAAUCUCUCUGACAGUGAACCGUAAAUUAGUUACUUGGCAGUUCAACAAAACUAUAUUGUUUUGCAUUCCUUAUAUAGUUAUAAUUUUCUUCUCAAAUUAUUAACAUGUAAGUAACAAAAUGUAAAUGAACGAACAGGAGCAGAUUUAGAAAAUUUCUCUCUUACUAUACUGGGAGUUUCAUAUGAAUUGCAGGUAUAUAAUUUGAAGACUCGUAAAACACAUUGUUCAAAUUUACUGUAUAAGACAAUAAGCAAAAGUAGUUUUAUCGCUUACAUACUUAAAUAGUGAGCUUAAUAUGAUAAUGCAUGUCAUUUACAUGCAUCCACUUGAAAUUGAGUUCUACAUGUCUCAAAAUUUAUUUAUGAAUGCAUUCCUCAUAAACAUAUUUUUUAAAAACACAAUUGAAAAAACGGAAACUUGUAUUUAAAAUACAAUUAACAGUUACAGAUAUAUAUAUAUCUUCAAGGCACAUCUGUAUACUGGGAUUUGUUAUUGACAAAGCUGAAUUCGAAGGGGGUUUUUUUGUAGUGUGUUUUGUCUUUCUUACCUUGUAUUCUAUUACUUUUCCAUUAUUAUUAUUACCUCUAAAUAGUAUUUAGAUAUCAUCUUUGCAUACUCAUAUGAAAAUUAAAAACACUCUUCAGAGAAUUAAUUUUAUAAAUAUAAUUGUCAGAAUGUUUAAUUAGCUGUAUAAUGAAUGCAAAAUAAUAUGUUUGAUGCUUUUAGUAAGUGGGAGAAAUAUGAUGCAAAUUUUUCUUAAAAUGUUUAUACAAAAUGUUUAAUAGUGUUUUUAUCCUGCUUUUUAUACUAUUUGUGGAAGAAAAGAGAACAAGUAAUAAGAACUGUUUUACAAGUUCUGCCAUACUCAAGUUUAAUGCAACUGAAUCUAUUAUCCAUUCUCUGUAUUUAUUGUAAACAAAUAAUUGACAUGCCAUGAAAAGUUGAAAGAUAUUACAAUUUCAGCAUGUGCUGUUGAGUAUUCUCACACAUAAAGGACAGCGCUGCAGUUACAUUUCUGAGGCAAUAUGGAAAAGAGGGUAAGUCAAAUGAGAUGGGUCAUCACAGAAUUGUUCACAUUGAAGGGAUCAGAUGAAAACAAGGUUAUGUCUUUAAGCACAAUACUUUUUAUCAAGUUAUAUACAUUAAUGCCUACACAUCAGACGUUUUUUCUUCUUCUGAAAUGUGAUGUUUACUGAUGUAACCCUCUGUUUCAUAACACCACAGAUUUCUGCUUUGUGAAUCAGAUUAAAUCAGUAGUCUUGAUAAUGAACACUUGUUCCUUAUUCAGAGGUAGAUACAUGUUAUGUUCUGCUGCCUCUACCUGAGCAUUGUAGUUCAAAAGAGUGGUGUAGAGAUACUUGUACUAAAUGACCUUUAACCACAGCUUCAUGUGCGCCAAAAAAUCCACUUGAAAUUCCUCUGUACUACAGAAACUUUAAAUGUAACUAAAUGGUGGGAAAUCUAUGUAAGAAAUUUAAAAUUUAGGAGGCUGAGCUGGAACCUUAAAAAUUGAACCCAAGUGAGGGAAAGUAAAAAAGAAUGAAACCUUACACUGGGCUUCAUAAUAUUUGGAGCUGAACUGCGAUUGUCUCCUAAGAGACUGAGAAGAUAGGUGUUUCUCUCAUUUUUCACAGCAGUGGCAGUAUAUGGUUUUGUUGAACAUUUUGUCACAGAGGAGGAAGCACCUGACAAGUCAGACUUCACAUUUUUCUCUAAUUAAAAACACUGCUAAGUACAUGCUGAAUGCAUGUGAAGAGUGUACAAAUCAUAAUCUCAUAAAUUAUAAAUACUUAGUAAUGGCAGGAAAAUAUUAUACCAUGAGUUGUGGAAUGCUAGAAAACUGUUUAGGAUUUUAGGCCCUCACAGCAGUGGUUAUAAAAAGUUCUGUCUCAUGGGAUAUAAAGCUGUGCAGACUGUUGAAAGUCAGCUGACCUUUCAGGAGAACAUGUUGCCUGUGUCUUCAGGGUCAAAGAGUAAGCCCUGAAAAUGGAGGUGAUAUGUUCCUAUGAAACACUGGUUCACAUUCAGCAGCCUACAUGGUGUUAUAUUUCAGGAGAUAGAACUCUGCUGUAAGACUGUGUAGCCAUGUUAGGAUAUUCCAUUAUUUUGUAAAUCAUAAAUUGCUUACAGAAUAAAGAAAAAAGAGAAAUAUGUGCUAACAAAAAGCGUGUAAAUUAUUUACAUCACUUCUAUUUUUAGAGGGACCUGUAAAAUGAAAUUAGAUAUCUAAAGAAAGCAUAACCUCCAGUAUACAACUAUGGUAGUGCAUACAUUUUUGUGCAUGGAUGUUUAAAUUUUUAUUCUUAAUAAUUUUAAAAUAAUCCAUUAGUGUAUUGCUGUAUUCCAAACAUAUGCUUAAUAUGGGAAAAAUAUUUUAGGUUAAUAUAUACUGAAGAGAGGAGAAAUUUGAUAGCCAUCAAAAUACUUUUCCCAGGAGAGAUGUGUAGCUUCUGACAAAUCCUGUUAGAGAGUGUAACAUAGGUAUGUUGUGUAACCCUUGUAGAUAACUGAAUUCAUUCAGUCAAGGAAUGCACUACAUAGUGCAUUUGAUUCGUUCUCUGAAAGUCUAAAAUGAAAUACUGGAAUGGAGCAAGGCUUGUUUUUAAAUGUGGAGUUACAAAUUCUCUCUUUUAAAGCAGUAAAAUCUUCCUAGGCAGUGGCAUUAUGACAUGUGACAUGUGUCAUUUGGAUUGUUAGACACAUUUGAAGAAGGCUAUUUCUGAUUACUUUUAGGAUCGACCUCAUAGUUGGUCAAGGCACUGUGAUUCAAGCCAGAAGGUUGUGGAUUCCAUUCCCAAUGAGGUCAGUGGAUUUUUCAAUUGACCUAAUCCUUCCAGCCACAU